CGGAGCGCGCAUGCGCCACAGCGCCAGCGCUCUCCCCGGAUAGAGCGGGGCCCGAGCCUCUCCGCUGUGGUGGUUCCGCUCCCGCUCGCGCUCUCCCCGCCGCCAUGUCGGCCACCCUCGAGCGGGAGUUCGAGGAACUGGACGCUCAGUGUCGCUGGCAGCCGUUAUACUUGGUGAGUCCUCAGGCCCGCGCGGCGCCUGGGUUCUUCCGAGGAUCCGAGCUCGCGCCUGUGCCGGCUCCGCGUCGCCUCCCCCGCCUCCCGUUCGGGCGGAAGUGGCGAGCGCGGGCCGCGCUUGAGACGGGGAGCCUGGCGGUGUGGCUGCAGGCUGUUGGUUCCGAAGGCGGCGCCACAGCGGCGCCUGCUGGCUGCGUGGCCCGGCCCCGGCGUGUGGUGCGCUGGGUAGCGGUUCGGGGGACGUCGGGAAGCCUCCGGCUUCCUCCCCGACAGCCCGAUGCAGCAGCGGAAAGGGCGACGGAGCCCUCGGGCCGGGGCCAGCGAAAGCGAAGCGGGGUGUCCGUGACUUGCCGUAUCCCGGGGGCCUGUGGAGAUUUCGCAGAGCUGGAGCUGAAGCGGCGGCGAGAGCUCCCGAGGGAUCGGGGAUCGCCAGUCUUUUUCAUGGGCUGCUUUCGCCGGGAGAAUGAUCACAGUCGUGUUAAACUGCAAAGUACUGAAAAUGAUUAUAUUAAUGCCAGCUUAGUUGACAUAGAAGAGGCACAAAGAAGUUACAUCUUAACACAGGGUCCACUUCCUAACACGUGUUGCCACUUCUGGCUCAUGGUGUGGCAGCAAAAGACCAAAGCAGUUGUCAUGUUAAACCGAACUGUAGAGAAAGAAUCGGUUAAAUGUGCACAAUACUGGCCAACAGAUGACCGAGAGAUGCUGUUUAAGGAAACAGGAUUUAGUGUGAAACUCUUAUCCGAAGAUGUGAAGUCAUAUUAUACAGUACAUCUACUACAGUUAGAAAAUAUCAAUAGUGGUGAAACCAGAACAAUAUCUCACUUUCAUUAUACCACCUGGCCAGAUUUUGGAGUUCCUGAGUCACCAGCUUCAUUCCUAAAUUUCUUGUUUAAAGUUAGAGAAUCUGGCUCCUUGAACCCAGACCACGGACCUGCAGUGAUCCACUGCAGUGCAGGCAUCGGGCGCUCUGGUACCUUCUCUCUUGUAGACACCUGUCUUGUUCUGAUGGAAAAAGGAGAGGGUGUUAAUGUGAAACAAGUAUUACUGAAUAUGAGAAAGUAUCGAAUGGGACUUAUUCAGACACCAGACCAGCUCAGAUUCUCCUAUAUGGCCAUAAUAGAAGGAGCAAAGUACACACAAGGAGAUUCAAAUAUACAGAAACGGUGGAGAGAACUCUCUAAAGAAGAUUUGUCUCCUGUUUGUGAUCAUUCACAAAACAGAACAAUGACUGAAAAGUACAAUGGAAAGAAAGUAGGUUCAGAAGAGGAAAAACUAACAGGACUUUCUUCUAAGAUGCAAGACACUGUGGAAGAGAACAGUGAGAGUAUUCUCCGGAAGCGUAUUCGAGAGGACAGAAAGGCCACCACAGCUCAGAAGGUGCAGCAGAUGAAACAGAGGCUCAAUGAAACUGAACGAAAAAGAAAAAGGCCAAGAUUGACAGACACCUAAAUAUUCAUGACUUGAGACUAUUCUGCAGCUAUAAAUUUUGAACGUUUGAUGUGCAAAGCAAGACCUGAAUGAAGCCCACUCCGGAAACUAAAGUGAGGCUUGCUAACCCUGUAGAUUGCCUCACAAGUUGUCUGUUUACAAAGUAAGCUUUACAUCCAGGGGAUGAAGAACACCACCAGCAGAAGACUUGCAAACCCUUUAAUUUGAUGUAUUGUUUUUUAACAUGUAUGAAAUGUAGAAAGAUGUAAAGGAAAUAAAUUAGGAGAGACUA